UUUUCAGCUUCUCGUGUCGCUGCUGCUGCUCCUUCUGCGGUUGUUGCUGCGUGUCCCGGGACUGGCGGUCCGCGAAUUAUGACUUCUGCCCUGGAGAACUACAUCAACCGAACGGUUGCCGUGAUCACGUCUGACGGGAGAAUGAUUGUGGGAACAUUGAAAGGUUUUGACCAGACCAUUAAUUUAAUUUUGGAUGAAAGUCAUGAACGAGUGUUCAGCUCUUCACAAGGAGUGGAACAAGUGGUACUAGGGUUGUACAUCGUAAGAGGUGACAAUGUUGCCGUGAUUGGAGAAAUUGAUGAAGAAACAGAUUCUGCCCUUGAUUUGGGGAAUAUCCGAGCAGAACCUCUGAACUCUGUAGCACACUGAGGGAAAAUCACACAUGGGACAUCUGUAAAUUUUUGUACAGAAACUGAUUAUUCUAGGAAUGAUGUGCAGACUUUUGUGUCAUUGUAAUAUGCUAUGUAAAUUAAAAUAUUUCUAUGUUUUGAGAGGAGCAUUUUUGCCUAGUCAUAGGUUUGGUAGGUUGGUUUUAUUUUUAUAUUAAAUAGUGUGAAGAAUAUUUUGGAAAGGGUCAGGGAAAAUAUCUCAUUUUAAUAUUUAUGAAAAUCUAGUUGUAAACUAGCCUGUUAGAUCAAGCAUACAAAUACCGGAGUAGUGCAAGAUAUGUAUACAUAUCUUUCCCUUAUAGUACAUUCACCAGAAGGUAAGUCUAUCUUCUGCAGUUACAGAAACCUGCAUUUUUAAACUGAUCCCCAGGAUAUUCCAAUAAGGCCAUAGGUGAAAAUCAUGUAAUUGGGGGCCCUGGAUAGGAAAUUAGGUCAGAAGGGGUUCAAAACUGGGAAAGUUCAGAAAUAAUUAUCUAAAACAUUCCCACUUAGUACACUGCCCUAGGGCUACUUACCAGUUUUGAAAUGGGUAAGAAAGUAUCUGGGCAAUGGAAAAAAUUCUAAUGAAGCUAUUCAUCUAAAAGAAUUGAGUAUAUAAUCUUAAAAUUCUAUUUUGACUUUAAUUUUUGAAAUUGCAGGAUUUACUAGAAAUGCUAGUUGUUAUUUAUAUUGAAUAAAUAAACCUGUUUAUAUAUUGA